AUGACGCUGCACGUUCAGGCUUCCGCCAGAGACUACUGGCCAAGUUCUCCCUAUACAGACGAGCAAGCUCCCUCUUCUCCCGCAAAGUCAAUGGACAUGGAGACUGAAUGCACCCCCGGCAGCCGCGCGAAUCUUUCCACCAUCUCAGUAACCGAGUGUCCGUCUCCGUCUCCAUCAGCAUGGGCUGCCCUCGCCCCGGGCCACGCCCCGGAGCCAGAGACUGUCACAGAGACUGUCACAGACACUCACCCCGACUUCUCCACCCUGGACCUGAACGACUGGUACCAGCGGUACCUAUCCUGCAUGCGCUUCUUCCUAGCAGAGAGCCAGCACACCCCCACCGUGCAGGCCCUGGCCACCUUUCUGAAUAUCAGACUACCAGGGGACGCAGCCGACGCGGCUACCGUCUCCGCCAGAGUCUACAUCCGCCGCCUGAUCGCCACGGGCCAGGAUACGCCCGCGAACCUGCGCCUGUUCUUCGGGGAGGACUGGGUAGCCGGCGUGGGCGCGAUCCGGCAGCAGGAGCGGCUGAAUUUCCUCUUUGCGGCGAAGAGUGGAGGCUGGGCGGCGACGAAGAGCGCGUAUGAUGUUCUGCCUGAUCAGGAGGUGCCGUUUCUGAGGCCGCUGCUUGAGCCGGAGGAGGAGGAGCUAAGGGUUGCGGAUGCGCGGUGGAGCGAGUGGUUGGCGAUGGAGGAUUGGAUGGUGGGACCUAGGAGGCCUUGGUAG